AUGAAGUUCACAAUCUCCGCUGCUGCCCUUCUGGCACUCUCUACUGGCGCUCUGUCUGCGGCAGUAGAGGCCCGACAAAGCUCUGCCUGUGCUGGUUAUCAGUCGGCGGACACACUGACCCACGACACCAACUGGGGAGGCUACUCCCUCUGCUGUGAUUACGAGGGCCCUAGUGGCGGCAACGUCGCUGAGCAUUGCUGCGACCGCAACGGUGUGAACACUGGUAGCGGCACACCUGCAUGCGUGUAA